CUAAGGUUUAUGACAAGGAUUCAGACAAAGGAGUCAAGUCAUAAUAACAAACUGCAGUUAUCUCUCUGAUAUUAUAAAAGAAAGUUUAACAGUACUAUUCAGUCCCCAGACUACAACUAUCUAAUAGUAUUAUUCAAUCCUCAUGGAGACACAUAUACCCAGUUUAUAUGCUCCCUUUGCCUUGUUCUUCUUCCUAUACAUGGUGCUGAAAAUUGCAAAAUUUUCGAAAACUGAGAAGCUACAACUUCCUCCAGGGCCGCGGCGACUUCCUGUAAUUGGAAACAUCCACCAGCUUGUUGGUUCACUUCCUCACCACAUUCUCAGAGACUUGGCCAAGAAGUAUGGUCCCCUGAUGUCUCUGAAGCUUGGUCAGGUCUUUGCGGUGGUUGUUUCCUCCCCUGAAGUUGCCGCGGAAAUACUGAGAACACAUGACCUUAAUGUUUCUCAGAGGCCCUAUUUUCUGUCAGGGGAGAUUAUUGCUUAUAAUUCUUCAGACAUCCUCUUUUCUCCAUACGGUGAGUACUGGAGACAAAUGCGGAAAAUUUGCACGUUGCAUGUGUUUAGCUCAAAGAGUAUUCAGAAGUUCCAGCCAAUAAGGAAAGAGGAGGUCUUGAAUUUCAUCAAACAGGUUUCUCAGAACGAGGGAUCAGCAAUUAACAUUGGCGAGGAGUUCUUCUCAUUAACGACUGGGAUUACAUCCAGAGUUGCUUUGGGGAGGAAACUUAAGGAUCCGGAAGUAUUUGCUUCGUUUGUUAAGGAAGCAGUGGAGCUAUCAUCAGGCUUCAGUGUUGUUGAUAUGUAUCCUUCCGUGAAACUUCUUCAGGUGAUCAGUGGGAUUCGGUAUAGGCUAGAGAAGGUGCACGAAAAGAUGAAUAAGGUACUUGAAACUAUAGUCAAUGAACAUCGCGACAGGCUGAGAGAAGGCAAUGACCAAGACUUAAUAGAUGUUCUUCUGAGAAUUCAGAAGCAUGGAUACCUUGAGGCUCCUCUAACUGAUGACAACAUCAAAUCAGUCAUUCUGGGAAUAAUCAGUGCUGGAAGCGAAACAUCAGCAUUAACUCUAACCUGGGCAAUGUCUGAAAUGCUAAAGAAUCCGAAAGUGAUGGAAACAGCACAGGCUGAGGUAAGAAAAGUGUUUAAAGGCAGUGAAAAUGUUGAUGAAGCAAGGCUUCAGGAAUUGGACUACUUAAAGCUGGUGAUCAAAGAAACAUUGAGGCUACACCCCCCUGCACCCCUGCUAGUUCCGCGAGAGUGCAGAGAAGAAAUUAAAAUAAACGGCUUCGACAUACCUGUAAAAACCAAAAUCAUUGUCAACGUGUGGGCGAUAGGGAGAGAUCCAAGAUACUGGCCUGAUGCUGAGAGCUUUAAGCCCGAGAGGUUUCAAGAGAGUUCGGUUGAUUUCAGAGGGACUGAUUUUGAGUAUAUACCGUUUGGUGCUGGGAGAAGGAUGUGUCCUGGAAUGUGGUUAGCCUUGCCUACUAUGAUGCUGCCUCUAGCUCAAAUGUUGUACCAUUAUGAUUGGAAGCUCCCUGAUGGACUAAAGAACGAAGAGCUGGACAUGAGUGAGGCUUAUGGCAUAACAUCUGCCAGAAAACAAGAUCUGUAUGUUGUUCCUGUUGCCUGUACUUCUUGAAAGAUGACACAAGCCAAUACUACAACCGGAGUGUAAUGUAAAUUAUGUAAUAACUAGCGCCACGAGGCAUAGAGAUGUUCUUAUGCGUGUGAUGUUGCUAGUCUUUCAACAAUACAAUAACAAAGGGUUACUAUUAUGUUA